CCGGCCCACUCUAAUUAACGUCCUCCCCUUUCACCAAAUGAUCGCGACAACGCCUAAGUGAAAGCCACCGAGAUCAUUAUAUAUUUUUUGCGAUAACAACUAUUCUUGAACUAAUGUCUGCCAUGUUUACCUCAGCUAAUUUACCAGAACCCGAACAUUCCGGACUUUUAAAGUUUUUAUCUGCUGCAUUCUACGCUGUCAGUUCUUUUUUGAUCAUUGUUGUGAACAAAACGAUUCUCACAAACUACAGAUUUCCCUCCUACAUGUUUCUAGGAAUUGGCCAGAUGACUACUACAAUCCUCAUUCUCUAUUUUGCUAAAAUGAACCAAACAGUUCACUUCCAAGACUUUGACAGAAGUGUUCUCGUCAAAAUCUUCCCCCUACCUUUGCUGUAUGUUGGAAACCACAUAACAGGACUGGCUAGUACAAAGAAGUUAAGCUUACCCAUGUUCACAGUAUUAAGGAAGUUCACCAUAUUGAUGACAAUGAUCAUGGAAGCAAGGCUAUUGAGAAAAACAUUCCCGAAUCGUCUUAUCUACAGUGUUCUGGCCAUAGUUUUUGGAGCUUUGGUGGCUGCCAGCUCUGACUUGGCCUUUGAUGCAGAGGGCUACACGUUCAUUCUGCUUAAUGAUGUCUUCACUGCUGCCAGUGGUGUGUACACCAAGAAGAAGCUGGGAACUGAGGGUCUUGGAAAAUAUGGGAUCUUAUUUUACAAUGCAUUCAUCAUCGUCAUCCCAACUCUUCUGGCAAGUGCAUUUACUGGGGAUUUACACAAGGCCAUCACAUAUGAACACUGGUUGAAUGCCCCCUUUGUUUCCUGCUUCCUUAUUUCCUGCCUCAUGGGGUUUGUGCUGAUGUAUUCCAUAGUGCUGUGUAGCCACUACAACUCUGCACUGACCACCACGGUGGUGGGAGCAAUUAAGAAUGUUGCUGUGGCCUACAUCGGCAUGUUUUUAGGUGGAGACUACCUGUUUUCAUGGACCAACUUCCUGGGGUUAAAUAUUUGUAUAUCAGGGGGACUUGUGUAUUCCUACCUGACGUUCCACAGCAGCAGCAAACCAUCCCAAAGCGAUGAAAGCGGAAUACAGGGAAACCAGGACCAGCUGAUCAUUCCCAUGAUGGAAGAUUCCAUAGACAGACUCCCUGUGAAAUAAGUGAAUAAACCUGUGAUGAACCAGGUGAGACAUGAUGCCGUAGUCUUUUUCUGUACUGUAAGCAGUAAACACUGCCUUUGGUAUCGGCUUCAUAGUGGAGCAAAAGUUAUAACAUUUUGUAGACUUAAAUGAUCAUUAUGUUAAAUUAUAAUCAUAUUGUUGGCCAAUGUUCAUUAUUUUGUGUACACAUGCAAAUAGCAAUACUAUAUGUAUUAUAACACAUGCAAAUAGCAAUACUAUAUGUAUUAUUACACAUGUAAAUAGCAAUACUAUAUGUAUUAUUGCACAUGCAAAUAGCAAUACUAUAUGUAUUAUUGCACAUGCAAAUAGCAAUACUAUAUGUAUUAUUGCACAUGCAAAUAGCAAUACUAUAUGUAUUAUUACACAUGCAAAUAGCAAUACUAUAUGUAUUAUUACACAUGUAAAUAGCAAUACUAUAUGUAUUAUUACACAUGCAAAUAGCAAUACUAUAUGUAUUAUUACACAUGCAAAUAGCAAUACUAUAUGUAU